CUGGAAGGUUGAGUUCAGUGGGUGCAGACCUUCAGGAUCAUAUUCCUCUUAUCGAUGAUGUAUCGGACAGUAGGAUUUGCACCCCAGCACAGAGCCCUGAGGCCGUGGAUAAUCGCCUUUCUCGCUGUCUUAUCUCUGAUCUUGGUGGGGGUCACCAUUGGUCUCCUGGCUCACUUCUUAGUCCCUGGUGAGAAAACAGAAUACUAUCACGGCACCUUUACCAUCUCAGCCCUCCUCUUCAACAACAUUAAUGGACAAAAGGCCACAUACCAAUUUAAGGACCUACAGGAGAUGAGUGAAAAUCUGGUGGAUGAGAUAUUUACUGAUUCUGCCCUAAACAAGCACUAUAUCAAGAAUCAAGUAGUCAGACUGACUCCAAAGGGAGAGAGUGUGACAGCAGACAUCAUCAUGGUAUUCCAGUCCCCAUCCCCUGGACAGAGGACAGUGAGAGAGAAGGAAAUCCAUAGCAUCUUGAAUCGGAAGAUAAGGAACGCAAGAGCUCUGCCAAUAAAUGUCUCAUCAGUUCAAGUUAACGCCAUGAGUUCAUCAACAGGAAAGCUAACUUUCCAAGCAUGUUGUGGUAAACGAGCUGCACCACUAGCAGUCAACAGAAUAAUGUCUGGAGAAAUUGCACCCCCAGGUGCCUGGCCAUGGCAAGCUUCCCUUCAGCGCAAUAAUAUCCAUCAGUGUGGGGCCAGCUUGAUCAGUAACACGUGGCUAGUCACUGCUGCACACUGCUUCAAAAAUAGCGCCAAUGCACGCCAAUGGACUGUUAGUUUUGGAACAACAAUAAACCCUCCCUUGAUGAGAAGAAACGUCAAAAGGAUUAUUGUCCACGAGCGGUACCGCUCCCCAUCCAGAGAGUAUGACAUCGCUGUCGUGCAGCUGUCCUCCAAAGUGCCCUUCUCCGACGACAUCCGCCGGGUCUGCCUGCCAGCAGCCUCGGACUCCUUCCAACCGAACUCCACGGUGUACAUCACGGGCUUCGGAGCGCUCUACUACGGCGGAGAAUCCCAAAACAAUCUUCGAGAAGCCAGAGUGAAGAUCAUUAGUAGCGAUGUGUGCAAGCAGCCAUCUGUGUAUGGCAACGACAUCAAAUUUGGAAUGUUUUGUGCUGGAUAUCUGGAAGGAAUUUACGAUGCAUGCAGGGGUGAUUCUGGGGGCCCCUUAGUUAUAAGAGAUAAUACAGACACCUGGUAUCUCAUCGGAAUUGUGAGCUGGGGCGACAACUGUGGUCAAAGGAACAAACCUGGAGUCUACACAGAAGUGACUUAUUACCGCCGCUGGAUUGCUUCAAAAACAGGCCUCUAA